UCGAUUAUCCCGCGGAAGGAACGUUGCGUGGAGCGGAAAGUGCGUCCAGGUGCUUCAUCCAUUGGGUUUCUCGCCCCCAGAAGCCUAGCUUUUGCUGAACUCCCCGACAAAUACGCACGCGAUAACUGUCAACCAAUCUUCACCAUGUCGAACAACGCGGUCGGUGCGGUCUAUGAACAGAUCAUCGCCGAGGUCAUAAACUCCUCGCGCGUUGAUUUCGAAGAGGGCGGAGUUGAUGAGAGCGUUCUCGAUGAACUUAAGAAAGGCUGGCAGGAAAAGCUGUCCCAGCUCGAGGUGGCGAGUUUCCCUUGGGAUCCCCCGAAGGAUGCACCUGCUCCUACUGCACCACCGCCAACGACUGCUGCGCCCCCACCAGCCGCUCCAUACUCUCAGGCUCAGCUGAGUCCUCAGAUUCCAGGACCCGGCCUUCCUCUGCCUGGUGCCCCUCCUGCAAACCAAGUUAGAAAUGUGCCAGUCAAGGAGGAGCCGUACAUCAAACCAGAGCCCGGCAUGCAGAAUGUGCCUAUGCCUUCGGCUCAGCAGGAGGGUGCCGGCAUUGCUGCUUACCGCGCAGCUCAACAUAUCCAGGGCCAAUUCGGCGAGAAAGGAGCCGGCUCUAUCAAUGCCAUUCAAGCCUCGGCGACCAACAGACCUGCCGGCCAGCCGGCUCUUCCUCAGAUGCCUGGCCAGCCUGCCCAACAGCAGCAGCAGUACCGGCCUGGCGUGCCUCAACAAGGCCAGCAGCUGCAGCAGCAACGCCCCCCUAGUAACGGUCAACCCGGCGUGAAUCCUUCGCAAACCGAUGGGGCUAGUGACGACAUCGACUUUGAAGGUGUACUACUUCACCGCGAUGCUAAUGGCAACGAACGCGAGCUCGGGCGCAUCGACAUUGACCGCAUGAUACACGCACAGAUUGCAGCGAACGCCAAGAGCAUGGAGGGUGGUGGAUUGAUGCUACCACUCAAGGAAGCCACGAGACACAAGUCUGCUGCCGCCGCCACGCGCUCCAAGGGUAAGGAGCAUGGUAUAGCUUCAUACGAUGGCUACGACGAUGAUGAAGUUGAUGAAGACGCGAUCAACUCGGAUCUUGACGACCCCGACGAAGACAAGGACGAAGAUGAAGUUGACGAUGAGGGUUUGGGCCACAUCAUGCUCUGUAUGUAUGACAAGGUCCAGCGCGUCAAGAACAAGUGGAAGUGCGUCUUGAAGGAUGGCGUUCUUACCGUCAACGGCAAGGAGUAUGUCUUUCAUAAGGCCACUGGGGAGUACGAGUGGUAAAGCACUCUUUACAGCCCACUUAACCAACUCGGGCUUUGAAGGCAUGAGAAACUACUGGGCUUCCCACUCAUUGAGCAUGCGACGUCGAGUUCAGGGGUUUUCUUUCAGGAGAUUGCAACUUUCUAGGCCACUGGUUUUCGCCUACUCGGUACCUCAU